AUGAGUCGGGAUCAGAAACAUUCCGCGAGAACUCGGUCAACGGGGGUGACAUUUGACCCACCAGUCACCCAUGAUAUGGUCCGUUCUCUAUUUGACCCCACAGUUAGAAAAUCAUUUCUCGAGAUCUGUAUUACUUUGGCUUUACUGUCUAAUUUCGGUCUAUGUUACUGGCUUCUGCAAAGAUGUGAAUUGAAAAUCGUAAAAAUGGUCUUCCUGUUUCAGUAUAUGUUUUGGAGAAUCGGUUAUAACCUGGGAAUUGGAACUGUUCUCCAUUUUCAAUCUCAUUGGGAAUCGCUCACGAAGUUUGCCAGACGCAAUAAGCUCUUUCAGAAAGGCACUGGAUCUCUUCUCGCCAAGUUUUGCCAGUUUGAGCUGUUCACCAAGAUGUCUAAAGAUUACAAGGUGUAUGAGAACCCCGAGGAACUGAACGUUUGGCUUCUGUUUCGCCAGUUUGUUGAUCUCAUUCUCAUGCAGGACUUUUGCACUUAUGUGAUAUAUGUCUAUCUCUCGCUACCGCAAGAGAAAGCUGCACUGAUCAAUUGGAAAACUGCGGUUGGCAUUUCCAUGGUUCUAUUCAACAUCUGGGUUAAGGUCGAUGCGCACCGUGUUGUGAAGGACUACGCUUGGUAUUGGGGAGAUUUCUUCUUUCUGCAAGAUAGUGAACUUGUGUUCGAUGGAGUGUUCAAUAUUUCUCCUCACCCAAUGUAUUCUAUCGGGUAUUUGGGCUACUAUGGUCUUUCUCUGAUUUGCGGUGAUUAUCGCGUGCUCUUGGUUUCGAUGUGUGGUCAUUAUAUGCAAUACCUUUUCCUGAAAUAUGUCGAGUCUCCACAUAUCGAAAGAACAUAUGGUAGCGAGUCGAAUGCGGAAUCCGAGACGAACAGUAAGAUUGAUGACCUAAUUGCCAAAAAAAAUUACAACUAUUCUAGACCAUUAAUAAACACCGGAUUUGGAUUCGCCAAUUUUGACAUUCUGAGGUUUUCCGACUAUUUCACGAUAGCGACGUCUAUUUGUUUGAUAUUAUGGACCGUUUUCAUUAAACCAAGUGAUCAGCUUCUGUUCAAUUUGGCUUUUGGUGCAAAGGCCUUUUCUUCGAUAGGUGUGUCCAUCAUACUUUACAAACAAUCAAAAGAAAAAUGGUUUACAAAACUAUACUUGAAGAAUGGACAUACUCAAGUGCAUUCAUAUCAACAGUGGCAGUUCAUUUACAACUUUUCGCUAUGCCUCACUUACACCCUACUUGGUUGUCAGACGUUUUCAAGAGUCCGUGAUCUCUAUCCAAAUGUUGAUAACACUCAACUGAUUUUUGGCUUAUUACUUUGUUCACUGCAAUCAUGGUGUAACUCCGAAAUUAGGUCUGCCAUCUAUGAUUUUGGCUGGUUUUACGGAGAUUUCUUCCUGACAAACUAUGUGACUAAAAGGGCUUUAACCUCGCAUGGCAUUUACAGGUACUUGAACAACCCGGAGGCCAUUCUAGGCGUAGCUGGUGUUUGGGGUACUGUCCUGAUGACAAACUUCUACUGGGAGAACAUUGCGCUUGCUGCUCUUUGGACCAUAACUAACUUCAUUCUGGUUAGAUUCAUUGAGCAACCUCAUAUGAGUAAAAUCUAUGGCGCUAAAAUGCGAAUUGGGGGUAUUGAAAAGACCCUGUUGGAGUCUAAAACUUGGCGGCGUGUAUCUGGCAUAGUUGACAAGAUUGAGGAGGUGGUCAUCAGAGCACUGUUGCAGGACAUAAACGAUGAGAAGGAAUCGGCACUCUCUAACAAUGUCUUGGAUGAAGAGGUAGACCAGAAAGCUGAGUUGCAAAAUUUGGAGGACGCUAUGGAGGAUGCUUUCUGCAACGUCACAUCUCAGCGGUCCGCAAGCUGCAGAUUGGAAAUCGAGAGUUACGGCACCGGCAGCUUUGUUGUGGGUCAGCCCAUUACUUUGGAUUGGAGUGUUCCCUCGUCUACGUACAAAACAGAUGACUGGGUGGGGCUGUAUGAUGUUCUAAGGUCUGGAAGCGAUCGGCGGAGAACAAAGAGCUCCUCGUUAGGCCACUGGAGUGCGACUUCACCCGCAGGUUAUCCUGAAGAUACACCGAACAACAGGUCCAUCGCAUAUUUCAAGAAAGGCUCCCUUGUUGAGGGGAAGAUUGUUUUCGAUUCAAGUUUGUUGUUUUUUGAACCAGGCAUCUACGAAUUUCGAUACCACAGUGGGAACUCCCAUAAAGUAUUAUGCGUCUCCAAACCCUUUGAGCAGGUGUUACCAAAGCUUCCUAUCGAUUCGCCAGAAAUUCUAUGCGAAUAUUUCCUGAAAUUCUUGACUCAGGUUGACGCUCUCACGGAUGGCAGAUUUGACCCUCAGAGAAGCAGAAACUUUACGAUCAGCCAUUUCAAGAAGUUGAUUAAAGGAUCUCUCGGUGUCGAGUUGUCUUCCGACUACAUUAAGAGAGUGAAAGGUGAUCUUCACAUUAUAUCUUCGAGAAUAUGCCACAUCAAGGAAGUCUUGGACAGCUUGGAAUAG